AUGGCGCGUUCAAAGUUGAUUUCCAGGAGCAAUUUCCUGGAAAAACGCUGUCCAAAGCUGCGAUUGUUUUACAGAUUUACAGUAACAGUAAACUACUGUAUCACUCGUUUUGACUGUGUUCUUCCUGUUGAUUCAUGUCGAUUUACGGCGGGUCUUGAAGCGGAGGCCUCUGGAAAACAAUGCCAGCUUUGGACACUCAACUCGACCACUCAUCUGAUUGACGAUGUUAAUGAGCAGAGCAAGUAUGUCGCUUCAAAGAUAGCACAAAUAUCUGGAGAAUCGGGACCCGAACAGUACGAAGGUCUUUAUUCCAUCCAGACCAUGCUCUGCGAAGGAUCCUUCACUCUCUGGGAACAAAACUUUGCCAAACUUCUUAUUGCCGUUUUCCAUGUGCUGUCAAAGAGCGAUUCAGAUGCAAAUAAGAAAGUAGCCCUGCGUGUUUUGACGAAAAUGUGUACUUCACAAGCAUCUCGUCUGUUUGACUCUACUGAAAUGGCGAUUUGUAAAGUUCUCGACGCUGCUGUAAACUCAGCAGAAGGAACUAUGAAUGUGACAGCUGAUGAUUGUCUCAAAACUCUCGCUACACAUCUUCCCCUGGCAAAAGUCGUGAAUAUCUGCAAGGAGAAAAUUCAAGAAGCGAAAGCUAGCUUGGUGCUGAAAAUGAUGACACGGCUGUUCGAAGGUCUGCAGGCAGAUGAGCUGAGUCCAAUCAUCGAAGAUUUGGCGCCUUGCGCUAUUCAGGCGUACGACUCUCCAUCAUCCGUUGUCCGCAAAACAGCAGUUUAUUGCUUGGUGGCUAUGGUUAACAAACUGGGAAUGCAGACCAUGAAUUCACAUCUACAACGUCUGUCUGCUGGAAAAAUGAAUCUCGUUCAAGUCUAUGUCAAUCGAGCCAUGUCUUCCAGUACUCACUCCCAUGUUUAA